GCCCCGCCGCCGAGCGUCACGGAACCUGCUUGAAAUGCAGCCGAGGAGCCGGGGCGGGCGGCAGCGGCGGCGGCGGCGGCGGGGGCAGCGGCAGCCCCGGCGCCGCGGCAAGGACUCGGAGGGCUGAGGCGCGGCGGCGGCACGGGGUGCGCGGGGAGCGGCGGCCGGAGCCCGGGGCCCGCCAUGGGCCUCCCCGAACGGGGCGCGCUCCGGCCGCUGGCGCUGCUGCUGCUGCUGCUGCAGCUCCAGCAUCUCGAGGCGGCGGCGGAUCCACUGCGCGGCGGCCAAGGGUCGGUCAAGGAGUGCGAAGAGGACCAGUUCCGGUGCCGGAACGAGCGCUGCAUCCCCUCUGUGUGGAGAUGCGACGAGGACGACGACUGCUCGGACAACAGCGACGAGGAUGACUGCCCCAAGAAGACCUGUGCGGACAGCGACUUCACCUGUGACGACGGCCACUGCAUCCGAGAGCGGUGGAAGUGCGAUGGCGAGGAGGAGUGUCCCGACGGCUCGGACGAGUCCGAGGCCACUUGCACCAAGCAGGUGUGUCCCGCAGAGAAGCUGAGCUGUGGACCCACCAGCCACAAGUGUGUGCCUGCUUCGUGGCGCUGUGAUGGAGAGAAGGACUGCGAGAGUGGAGUGGACGAGGCCGGCUGUGCCACCUUGUGCGCCCCGCACGAGUUCCAGUGCAGCAACCGCUCUUGCCUGGCCGCCGUGUUCGUGUGCGACGGCGACGACGACUGUGGCGACGGCAGCGACGAGCGUGGCUGCGCCGACCCGGCCUGCGGGCCCCGCGAGUUCCGCUGCGGCGGCGAAGGCGGCGCCUGCAUCCCCGAGCGCUGGGUCUGUGACCGCCAGUUCGACUGCGAGGACCGCUCGGACGAGGCGGCCGAGCUCUGCGGCCGCGCGGGCCCCAGGGCCACGUCCGCGCCCGCCACCUGCGCCGCUGCCGCCCAGUUCGCCUGCCGCAGCGGCGAGUGCGUGCACCUGGGCUGGCGAUGCGACGGCGACCGCGACUGCAAGGACAAGUCGGACGAGGCCGACUGCCCGCUGGGCACCUGCCGUGGAGACGAGUUCCGGUGUGGGGAUGGGACUUGUGUCCCUGCCAUCAAGCGCUGCAACCAGGAACAGGACUGUCCAGACAGGAGUGAUGAAGCUGGCUGCCUGCAGGAGUCAACAUGUGAGGGUCCCCGCAGAUUUCAGUGUAAGAGUGGCGAGUGCGUGGACGGCGGGAAAGUGUGUGAUGCUCAGAGGGACUGCCGGGACUGGUCAGAUGAGCCUCUGAAAGAGUGUGUUCUGCCAACAUCCCAGAGAAACAGGAGGCGGCCCAGGGGUAAAGAGGAGCAUUCCCUAAGCAUGGCUCAGGCUGGAGGGCUGAACGAGUGUCUGCACAACAAUGGCGGCUGUUCCCACAUCUGCACCGACCUCAAGAUCGGCUUUGAGUGCACGUGCCCAUCGGGCUACCGGCUCCUGGACCAGAAGACCUGUGGUGACAUUGACGAGUGUGAGGACCCAGAUGCCUGCAGCCAGAUCUGUGUCAAUUACAAAGGCUACUUUAAGUGCGAGUGCCACCCUGGCUACGAGAUGGACACCCUGACCAAGAACUGCAAGGCCGUCGCUGGCAGAAGCCCGUCCCUAAUCUUCACCAACCGGCACGAAGUGCGGAGGAUAGACCUGGUGAAGCGGGACUACUCGCGUCUCAUCCCCAUGCUCAAGAAUGUCGUGGCGCUGGACGUCGAAGUUGCCACCAAUCGCAUCUACUGGUGUGACCUCUCCUACCGCAAGAUCUACAGCGCCUACAUGGACAAAGCCAGCGACCCGGCGGAGCAGGAGGUCCUCAUUGAUGAGCAGCUGCACUCUCCGGAGGGCCUGGCAGUGGACUGGGUCCACAAGCACAUCUACUGGACCGACUCAGGCAACAAGACCAUCUCAGUGGCCACAGUUGAUGGCGGACGCCGCUGCACUCUCUUCAGCCGUGACCUCAGUGAACCCCGGGCCAUUGCUGUCGACCCCCUGCGAGGGUUCGUGUAUUGGUCUGACUGGGGGUACGAGGCUAAGAUCGAGAAGUCUGGGCUCAACGGUGUGCACCGGCAGACACUGGUGUCAGAUGGUAUUGAGUGGCCCAACGGAAUCACCCUGGAUUUGCUGAACCAGCGCUUGUACUGGGUGGACUCCAAGCUGCACCAGCUGUCCAGCAUUGACUUCAGCGGAGGCAACAGGAAGAUGCUGAUUUCCUCCCCUGACUACCUGAGCCACCCUUUCGGGAUAGCUGUGUUUGAGGACAAGGUGUUCUGGACAGACCUGGAGAACGAGGCCAUUUUCAGUGCAAAUCGGCUCAAUGGCCUGGAAAUCUCCGUCCUAGCUGAGAACCUCAAUAACCCACAUGACAUUGUCAUCUUCCAUGAGCUGAAGCAGCCACGAGCUGCAGAUGCCUGCGAGCUGAGUGCCCAGCCCAAUGGAGGCUGUGAGUACCUGUGCCUUCCUGCUCCUCAGAUGUCCAGCCACUCCCCCAAGUACACUUGUGCCUGUCCUGACACAAUGCGACUGGGCCCUGACAUGAAGAGGUGCUACCGAGCACCUCAGUCUACCUCAACUACAACGUUAGCCUCCACCACAACGAGGACAGUAGCCGACACCACCAGAGCCCCUGGGACCACCGUCCACAGCCCCGCCUACCAGAACCACAGCACAGAGACACCAAGCCUGGCAGCAGCGGUCCCAGGCUCAGUUAGUGUCCCCAGGGCUCCCAGCAUCAACCCGUCUACCCCAAGCCCUGCAACCAGCAACCACUCCCAGCACUAUGGGAAUGAAAGUGGCAAGAUGGGCUCAACAGUCACUGCUGCUGUCAUUGGGAUCAUUGUGCCUAUGGUGGUUAUAGCCCUGCUGUGCAUGAGUGGCUACCUGAUCUGGAGAAACUGGAAGCGGAAGAACACCAAAAGCAUGAAUUUCGACAACCCUGUAUACAGGAAAACGACAGAAGAAGAGGAUGAGGAUGAGCUCCACAUAGGGAGGGCUGCUCAGAUUGGCCAUGUCUAUCCAGCAGCGAUCAGCAGCUUUGAUCACCCACUGUGGGCAGAGCCCUGUCUUGGGGAGACCAGAGAAAUGGAAGACCCAGCCCCUGCCCUCAAGGAGCUUUUUGUCUUGCCGGGGGAACCAAGGUCACAGCUGCACCAACUCCCGAAGAACACUCUUUCCGAGCUGCCUGUCGUCAAGUGCAAGCGAGUGGCAUUAAGCCUUGAAGAUGAUGGACUGCCCUGAGGAUGGGACCACUCCCUUCGUGCCUCACAGAAUUCAGUCCCGUGCACUACACCCUGGAUGGUGUAUGCCUGGAUGGAAGGGUUUCUGUACAUGAGUCUGCGUGUCUGUGUGUGUGUGUGUGCGUGUGUAAUUUUUUUUAAUUUAUAUUGCGGAAAGGUAACCACAAAGUUAUGAUGAACUGCAAACAUCCAAAGGAUGUGAGAGUUUUUAUAUGUAUAAUGUUUUAUACACUUUUUAACUGGUUGCACUACCCAUGAGGAAUUCAUGGAAUAGCUACUGCUGAGUGACUAACGUGAUGUACAUAACCAAAUGGGGCCGAUGGUACAGUAGCUUACUCAUCAUUUAAAAAUUAUAUUUACAGAGGGUAUUUGGUUUUGGGGGGCUUUUUUAGGUUUCAGAGGUUUUUUUUUUUUUUGUAAAUAGAAUGAUUAUGCUUUGUGGCUAUCCAUCAACAUAAGUAAAACGAAGAAAACACUUCAACUCCCUCUCCCGUUUAGAUUAUUUAUUAACAUAUUUCAAAAAUAAGAUUAGUUCUAUAAGUAAUUUAGAGAGGUGAGAGUAUUUAUUUUUGGUAUGAUUGGCCUACCACCCGGACUCUGUGUGCAUUUAUGUUUAUGUGUGUAUGUGAGUGAGAAAGGAAAAUCUGUAGAGAAGAGGCACACCUAUGGCUGUUGUUCAGAUACAUAAAGAUAAAUAUAUUUUAAAACAGUCCACAGGAAGGGUUAUCUGUAGUUUUCAGAGAAGCCUUUGGAAAUUUGGAUCAGAAAAGAGAUACCAUGGUUUGUGCAAACACGCAGUGGGGAGAGGUAGAUCUUUUCUGCCUCUGGCUGUCCUUGGGAUUCCAAUCAGUCAGCAAAAGGCCCUCAGCUCACCCGUGGCUACUGUGGUUCUCUUCUGUGGCUACAGCCAGUGUACAGACUUCACACAGUACCCAAAGUUCCCGCGAGCUCAGGUGAGAACAUGCCUGAACCUUGGCUACUCCUUGUUUUAAAGUUCAGCAUUUCAAGUAACUUCAUUUUCUUUUAGGAGACUUGGGUUGAAUUCACUGUUUCCUCUGAAGCACACUGAGGGUGCCAUCCUUACUUAUAGAGAGCUAAAUGGAGACGUUUCUUGAACAGCCCAAGUUUACUGUUGGGACUGGCUCAGGCACUGACCUCCGAGUAUGCUGUGGGUUGAGGAUGAGGAUGGAGGAACAGGUUUUGUUACAUCUCUAUUUCUCCCUUCCCCUUUCUCUCUACCAUUUCCUUUAGGUGGAGAAAACAAUUUAAAGUGAUACAUAGGUUUGUUGCCAUCAUGUGUUCACAUAGAUGAAACUAAUAUUUGGCUUAAAUCAGAAAAAGCGGCCAAACCUAAAGUCCUGUUUGAGGGGGAAACGGCGUACACAAUGCUACAGUAUAUUGGAUAUAUAUGUUCACACAGGGAUUUGGUUUACUGCUUUGUAAAUAAAAGGAGAAACUCUGGGUAUAUGUAUAGAUUUUUUUUUUCAUUGUGGACACUUACUUUGCUUUUCCUGGGCCUUGGGGGAGGCAGGGAGAAGUGCACUUUUCUUUUUGUGGGGUCUACCAUUGAAAAGGUAAUCCUACAGUCCCAGAAGGAAUUCAGUCCCCGUUGGCUCUUAUCCAAGGUGUGGUCUUAACUCUGCUGUUCUGCCACUUCACUCCCACUGGACAACCAGGGACAAGGUGUGACAUGGAAGUGUUUGGUUUAAGUAGGAGCAGAGGACAUGUAUCUAACCUUAACAUACCUGGAACUUGACACUUUUAAGCAAAUUCCUCCCCUUCUACUCCCCAGCUGCCCCCAACUCUGUGAAGCUUGGAUGUGUCACCAGCUUGAUACCUUCUGAAUUUCCAGGCAGACAUUCUGGGGUUCUGUCACCCUGUUCCUAGGACCUUUCUCUACAUCACUCAUGGUCUCCUGUCUUCUGAGAAAAUAACUGUAUUCUGGAGCCUGGGCACUAAGCUUUGCAUAAGCAAGCGGUUUCUUCAUGAUAUACAUGUGUUGAUAGUCCUGAAACAUUCAUUGAGAGGGUAUAUGCAAUUGACCUAAAAUGACCAAAACCAAACAGAAUUUUAAGAACAGGUGGCCAACUCCUAUAGAGCUUAAUCACUUACUACUAUUCUUUCAAGAAUGGAAAGUAAAAUUAUUUUUGACUGAAGAAAAAUCAUGAAAGUGAAAAGCACUGAAAUUUACACAAAACAAGCAACUUUUUCUGUAACCUGCCUCCAAAGAAAUAGAAUUUCCUGGGGAAAUGAUAAUAGUGACUAAUGCAUAGUUUCUAAACUUUUAGUCAGAUCCUGUCCUUCA